AAACUGCGAUGAAGCUGCGGGACCACCGCCGGGACCGCGCACAUUUCUUGAUUACGGAUACCUGUUUUAAUUGGCCUCAAUUGCGUCGCGUCGUCACCACCACGCAAGCCCAUCCUAACCACAUGUCAUUGCGGUGACAGAUUGGGUAACCGCAAAGAAGCCAUUGUCCCGGUGAGACAUACAAUCGGCCACCAUGUCCACCCAACACCCAUCGCAGCUCAUAUGCUGGCUCCUCGACGUCCGCUCUCUCUGGCCCGGCGACCACAUCUCCUCUUCGGCCACCGCCGCCCUCUCCCUCCUCACCUCCGACGAGCGCGCCAAAACCCUCAGCAAACACUUCAUCCAAGACGCGCGCAUGGCACUCGGCUCCGCGCUGCUGAAGCGGCUGUUCACCGCACGGUAUCUCGGGUCCGGGGGGCCGUGGGCGGCGAUGGAGUUUCCGAGGCGGGGGGAUCCGGUGCAUGGCAAGCCGGCCGUGAGGGAGGAGUGGGCGGGGAGGGGGCGGUGGGUGGAUUUUAAUGUGAGUCAUCAGGCAGGGCUGGUGGCGUUGGUGGGGGUGGUGGAGGAGCUGGAAGAUGGGGGGAGGGCACGCGAGGGUGGGAAGAGGGGGACGGAGGUGGGUGUGGAUAUCACUUGUGUGAACGAGCGGAAUGACUGCCGCACGAUUGACCGGGAGCGCUUCGACGGCUGGGUGGACACGUUCUCCGAGUUCUUCUCCGCGGAUGAAUGCUGGGACAUGAAAUACAACAUCGACCCGUCUGGCCUCCCCCUCCCCGACGGCACGGUUCUCUCUGCCAAAGAGAUCGAGUCCACGCCCGGGCGUCCCGACCGGUGCCUUGUCAAAGACCAAACCUUUUCCGUCCGACGCGCCGACGGCUCCAACGUCGCCCUGAGCUCCGACCUGAUCGUCGACGCGAAGCUCCGCCGCUUCUACGCAUUCUACUGCUACAAGGAGGCAUACAUCAAGAUGUCCGGCGAGGGGAUGAUGGCGGACUGGCUGCAGGAUCUCGAGUUUCGGAACGUGAAGAGUCCGAAGCCGGGAACCGUCGCGGGGGUCUGGGGGGGGAGUAUGAGCGAUGCGGAGGCGUAUCUAAACGGGGUGGAGCAGACGGAUGUGGCGUUGGAGAUUCGGGGGCGGGAGGAGGACUUUAUGAUUGGGGUGGCUGUGAGGCCCGGAGAGGGGUUCAGGGGCAGGAUCCCGAUGUUUGAGCGGAUUGAUUUGGAGAAGGAUAUUAUGGCGGCCGCGGAAGGGCGGUGAUACAAGCGGGUAUGAUACCACGCUUGAUAUGCGGCAUACGCAUAGGCGUACCCCAUACGGAUAGCACCGCUACAAUUGACACUGAUAUGGUCGAUUUGGCUUUCAUGCUGUGUCUGGAAGAGCAGUGCUCCAUUCCGCACUAGAGUAAAAAGGAUCGUUUCUUGAUCUUCUAAUCAUCACGAUUGGCUACUCUUCCAAUAUCCCCCUUAAUUGUACCCUGUGUACUUCGUCUCAAUCUCCUUAACAAUU